AGUCGUGUCCUGGCCUCCGCGUCGUGCGCGUCUGCUCCGCCCAGCGCCCGUGCCACCGCCACCGCCGCCGCCGCCGCCGCCGCCUCCGCCGCCUCCUCCUCGCGCCUCAGCCUCCGGUCCGGUGUCGCCGCGUCAGCCGCGCCGCGCCGGUCGCCGAUAGUCAAGUGUUCUGUCUGCCUGUCCCCCCUGCAACCGCCCUCCGUGUUUCGGCGACGUGUCCUCUUGCCCGGAGAGUGUUGCUCCCCCAGCUGUGCGACCCGCGUUGUUCUGCCGGCGCGCUCACGUGAGCCAUGGCGGGAUGAGCAGCGAUGUCGCCGCCGCCGCUGUCUCGCCGCAGAACCCAGCGCUCGCAGAUGCUGCCGCUGCUGCUGCGGCUGCUGGUCGCCGCGCACUGCGCCGGCUUCGUCGCCACGGGCGGCGCCGCCUCUCCUAAGCCCGGUUCAUCGUUGUCCCUCGCCGUUGGUAAUGGCUCUGAGUCGCCGCGGCCUAAGGCGGCGCUGCGGUACGGCGACCCGCGGGCCGAGAGGCCGUACUUCGACGACGUGUCUCCGCGCAACGUGACAGCCGUGGUCGGACAGUCGGCCGUGCUGCACUGCCGCGUCAAACACCUGGGCGACCGCACGGUGUCCUGGAUGCGCAAGCGAGACCUGCACAUCCUGACGUCGAGCAUCUUCACGUACACGGGCGACGCUCGGUUCAACGUAAUGCACCCCGAGGGCACGGACGAGUGGAACCUGCGCAUCGAGUACGUGCAGCCGCGCGACGCCGGCAUCUACGAGUGCCAGGUCAACACCGAGCCCAAGAUCAACAUGGCCGUGCUGCUCAACGUGGAAGCGGCGCAGGCCAACAUCUGGGGCCCGGAGGACGUGUUCGUGAAGAAGGGCAGCACCAUCAGCCUGACGUGCUCCAUCAACGUGCACUCGACGCCGCCGGGGUCGGUGCUGUGGUUCCACGGCGCCGCCGUCGUCGACUUCGACUCGCCGCGCGGCGGCAUAUCCCUCGAGACGGAGAAGACGGAGGCGGGCACGACGAGCAAGCUGCUCGUGACCAAGGCGCAGCUCGCCGACUCGGGCAACUACACGUGCGUGCCGUCCAACGCCAACCCGGCCAGCGUCUGGGUGCACGUCCUCAACGGAGAGCACCCAGCAGCGAUGCAGCAUGGCGAGCUCGGCGGGGCAGCGACGAGGAGCGCAUCGCUACUUCUUGCAGCGACGUUGGCGCUGCUUCAUGCGUUGGCCGCUGGCAGGUGAUGCGGCCGCCGUUAACUGGGCGGUAGCGUCCUCGCACUGCGCAUGCGCUGACCGUAGUCGGUGACGCGUCCACACACUGCGCACGCGCUAGCUGCCGACUGGUGACGUUCUCACCUGCGGCGCAUGCGGCGGUCGCCAGCUGGUGACACUUACCAUCGGCCCGCAUGUUCUGUCUGCUGACUGGUGAUGCGUCAACCGACUGCGCAUGCGUCCUGGGAGCGGAGCGUAGCAUCGCCUCUGGGAUAUUACACUUCUGUGACGCUACACGUAUUUUACAUUCCUUUUUGGGGUUCACACCUCGUGCGAUGAGUAGAGCUUCACCCCUUUACAUUUCCAGGGUGAGGCUACACCAAAAAACUGUACACAUAGUUUGCUGGUCCAUCACGAUUGAACUGUUCAACACAAAACCAGAAACUUAAACAAAAAUAUAAUCACCAGACAUUAUUUUAAAAUUGUUCCACUUGGAAGUGUUGACUGCCGUAUGCGGCGACAUCAUUGCUGCAGGGAACUUUUAUGGAUUUAGAGAGACUGCUGUGGAGGAGUGACCUCUUCACUUCUCACAUAAACGUUAUGGGAAAACGUGCACCUCAAGUUAUGUCCCUAUAAUGUGGAGUGACAAGUGUUGUUAUUUCAGUUAUGAUCUAGAAUUUCAUACUUGGCAGUCAGAUGUUAAAACCGAAUCAUUAAGGCGUUGUGGUAUAUUGUUCUUGCGACUGUACGCUUGAGAAUGUGUGAUGUCGGUACCUGCGUAACGUCAUAAAGGAAGAAGAUAAACCCAAAGUGCUCUGAGAGAUUUAGUAUGUUGUGUGAAGAAGCGCCAGGGCGCCCCAGUAAUUCAUAAUUCGCAUGUUGCAUCUACAAUAGUGAUUAGUUUUCUUUGGAAGUUAUUCCUUAGCUGUAAUGUCUAAGAGAGAGUAUGAUUUUGCAGAGUCUUGUUUUGUUACAAUGGGAAAAAUAGGUGAAGGCGUAUAGCAAACAACCUAGUCUGGGUCUGUUGACAGAGAGACUGAUUUAUACAACGUAAUGGCGUAAAAAUAAACGUAUUUCUCCUUGGUUUGAUGUUCAGAUUACCUUUGGUUGUACACAAGAUGUAAUUAAACUCACUGUAUUCUCUGUAAAUUGUGAGAGGUAUUAAUAAAUGUUUAUAUUAUAUGC